AUGCUCUACUUCGGACUGCCUGUCGAGCCCAUUUUGUCUGAGCUGACGCGCUUUUCGAAGCCGGAUUUUGAUGUGGACGACUGGGAUGAACUCUGCACUGCCGAGGUCCGCCCUCCGCUGCACUUCCUGACAGCCUACGACCAGAGAAAUUUUGGAUACGACUACAUGAGAGGAAAAGAGGAUCAAUACAGCACGAUCCCUGUGGCAGCUUCUCAAAUGCCAGACGCCACUGGUGAAGGACUAAGCCUUCGAGGAGGGGGCGACGACGACGAUGCCUUGAUGGCAGAUGUGGACUAUCCGCCAGAUAAUGGUGAAGAAGACAGCCUUGGUCCAUCACAGACUGCCAUGGUUAUGGAUAACGAAGACGACAAUUCAUUGGGUGACGGCUCCAGCAGUGAGAUCGUGACGAUGCCUGUGACGGGCAUUUCAAAUAAAGUCAUCUCAGGAAGAGGGACUGCCACGCCUGACUCGAGGCGACGUCAAAACCAGUCGGCGAUAACCUCUAAAAUCGGGCACCCAUCACCAGAAUCGGACAAAGGACAUGGCUGGGUUCCUCUGUUUGGAUUCCAAGGCAAGAUCAUGUUUGAUACGGACGACAUGUCCACGUUUCAGGAGGCUGCGAGAAAGCUCUUGUCCCUGCGCCAACGGGAGCAAAGCGACAUCGUACUCGUUGAAUUUGAUUUCAAGACGGCAAAAGUCCUGCGGCGAUUCGAUGACAACAUUCCGCUCAACCCUGUUAGUGAUCUUGCGGAACACCUGGGACAGGCAACUAAGUCCACACCCAGCUCGGCCUGGUUCGUGCUUCGGAGAGGCGAAGAUAUUCCCUCCGAAUGGGAGCCUCCAGAGUCCUUCUUCUUGACCACGCUCAUCAAGUUGACUCAUGUUGACGACGACGGGCGAGAAAACCUCUCGUAUCUCAAAGUGCCCGAUGGCAAAAGUUUCUUCGGCCCCAAGCAAAAGGGCUACAUCUACCCUGCCAAUAAACCCUGGGGUUCCAAUCAAUACAUGCCCUUUAUAACGACGGCACAAGAAGUGCUGGUGGGAAGACCGGAUCAGCCAGGAGGAAGCCACUGUGAUCUUGUCAUUACACGUGAUGAUGAAGAUCCAGAGGGAUCAUCACCACCGUGGUAUGGUGGUCUGGAAGUCCACCGCGAACUCUGGGAUAGCAUGCAUCCUCUGAUCAGCAAGGGUCAAGCGUUCAGAGUUAAAACUCGCCCCGUGGCAAACGAUACCGUUGUGUUCUACCUGCCGGGAAACUCGAACAACGCCAGAACUCUCAAGAACCGAGAGUGCCUUCGGCGAACAGGCUCUGGAGACCCCUAUCCCGACGCCCUGCAUAAGGUUGGCCUAAUGACGAAAAGCGUCAGAAUGCCCAUGAAAGCCUCUCACUACCUGAUUUGGCGCGGGGUCGACUAUUUCAACCCAUUAAUCAGUCGUCCCGUUGGAGCCUACAGUCCAGUUCGAUGGAAUUAUCGGGACAAAGAUUCUUCGAAACAAGCCCAGAAGGCGCUAUCAAAGCUCAUUGCCCGUUCUGUCGACGACAAGAAUGAGCCCUGUCAGUUCUUCGUGAUCCAGCCAAUGGAUGGGGCUGAAGAUCCAUGCACGAUCGAGGCGGUUGAAGGACUAACAGGUCAGGCAGAGUUCAGUAUGGAGCCUCUUACUAUGAAAGCGUUGAAAACCACGAUGGAAAUGCUCUAUGCCGGAGACGAAGAGAUCACUUACGACGCUGAAAAGGACAGCGUUGUCAUGGAGCCUCUUUUCGACGAAGAAACAAUUGGAAGAAGUUGGAGCCCGGCCAGCUUCGUUCUUCGGCCGGACGCCACCGACUCCGAGGCAUCCUUGGCCCGGCGCUUCAUCCUGACUCAGAUGGUGCGAGCAGACGUCUUGCAAGAUGACGAGUUGGACUUUGUCAAAACACUGGCUAAAGCAGCGGAGGCAAAUAAUCACUGGGGUCCUCGGUAUGGCGAAGUGGCACCCUUUCGAAAGGAGUUAUCCCUGCCAGCAAUCGUUCCCCCUGGCAAGCUCCAUCCCGUGGUUUUCCAUGAACCGAAAACGCCGCCUCCUGCUCCUCGGAAAUCAGCUCAUCCUAUGCCGAGGGAGCCUGACCAGACACCCCGUGAAGGAAGCUAUGUGCGGCAGCCAAGCAUCUUUGACAUGGGUGUCUGGAACCCCUCCUUUCCGAUCAACGCGCCGCCCGUGGAGGCCAUUCUGAGGACUGGGGCAGGCCGAGUCCCUAUGGUCACCAAGAACGUCCUAACGCCCAGUGAGCAGCGGGAACUACAGGAUAAAGUCUGGAGUCUCUCCAAAGUAAACCUGGCUCGGCUAGCCGCGUGUCCGUACCAGAAAUGCCGGUUCACAUAUCGCCAAGAUGAGGACGAGACGCUUCUGGUGCAUUUGGAGAAGACUCAUGCCGAAGAGAAAUGCCCGUGGUGUGAUAUCCAGCUCUUCAAACACUGGUCCUACAAGCAGAAGGAAGAACACUACAGAAACUCCCAUGCAGACCAGCUGCGAAAGGUGCUUCAGCUUCCUGAGAGACCCAAAUCGCAUCCGCCUCAAAACCAAACCACCAGCCUCGAAAAGCUACGCAAUAGCCCUUCGGAGGCCAUUACAUCUCUUUCAACCUUUAGAAUAACCGACCAAGCCAGACCUCCAGUUGGCCCGUUGCCUCAGCCAGAACAGCCAGCGAAAGCCAGCGACAGGGAGAAAGUCUAUCGAUACUGUGAUCGUUGCGGUCGUGACCACAAAGAACUCAAGAGCUAUGAGGACCGAAAGCAUCACGAUCGUGUUUGUGUCCCCCUGGCUGAGGGAGCCGGGCGAUGUACAUUCUGUAAACUUUGCGGAGAUCGUGAGUGGAAGACUGAGAAAGAUGCCACAGAUUUUGGACCUUUCGACACUUAUCCUCACAAGUGCCACGGCACUCUCCACGAAAACAAGCCGCAUUGCACCAAGUGCGGAUUCUCGAUGAAGAAACUCUCCGACGAGAAAGUCGACGGACAUCGCAAGUUCUGUGGGGGCUUCUAUGGUACCCUGGGUUGUUUCUGUCCGUACUGCCAGAAAUCCUUUGUGAGCGAUGGAACCCAGAAGCCUAUUGAUGAAAUUAAAAAUCACAUCACGGCUUGCCCUCAAGAAGAGGGCAUCAAGCCAACGCCGUGGGACAUCUAUUCAGAGGUCUUUUGGAAAGAUACUGACAAGUCAAUCGACCCUCUCUUCGUGGGGGCCGCGGAGACCUCCGCGGCCUUGUGCAAACAACAACGUCGUCCUCGCGCUUCUAGUCGCUAUCUCAGUCUCCCUCUAAUGUGGCAUGAUAAGCCGGGACCAAUUCCUACGUCAGACCCGCCUUCUGAGUGUCCUGCCGCCGGGUGUCGAGAACCUCUUUUCGGCCUGAUGCCAUCCGAGGUUCUAGGACACUUUGAGAAGAAACAUUUUGAGGAGCCCCUGAAACAGUGUCCGCUCUGCCACCUGUCGUUCAAGAGACCCAAGGAAGAUCGCGAGAAGCAACCGGAGCUCGGGGAGUGGGAGGACAGAAAAGACCAGGUCUCCCACAUGGAGUGUCACGUCUAUCAGCUUUGGGACAUUUUGACUGGCAGUACUCGGCCUCCUGCGAUGGUCAAUCAGGAACCCUUCAACCCGGGUCACAGUCUUUGGGAUCCCGAGAAUGAGAGCGCAUUGGAUCGGCGUGACAAGCGCUGUCCGCACUUUGACCAGUGUGGCGCCAUGGUGGGCUUCAUGAACCAACUCCAGUGGAACGAGCAUUUGAAGAAGGCGCACGCUAUCGAGCCCCUUGAGGCACAGAUUGUCCGAGACAUGGACGCUGAAAUCGCGGCUGCUCGCGAAGAAAGGAGGCAGCAGAGAAUUCGCGAGGGAAAGAAUCCAAUUCCAGGUCUGCCGGCGCCCAAAAUAAUACAAGACAGCGGAUCGGGGCCAGUUGUGACAGGAGAGACGCAGACAGGAACAGGUCCCAGUGUUCAGCUCAGUGGAGAUGACGAGGAUGACCCAGAGUUCCAAGACGUUCGGCAAGACGUACUCGGCCCCAAGGAUAGUACAGCGAGAGGACCAAAACCCGAGAGUAAAGUUCACGAAGGCCAUCGAGGCAGCCGUCCUCACGGGCCUGGGCCGAUUCUUUCACCCCCGCCUACGGUUUCCAAACCGCACACAGCCACUGCUUUGGGGAAUGGACCUCGCCAAGGAGAAAAGCAGCCAAAGAGUCCGAAGGGCCCGAUAAAGAACCCUCCUAAAGAUUCUGAAAAAGUGACUACGGACCCCAACAGUGUCAAGGGAACGCCACAGACAGGUGGCAAUCCGCCCACGGCUAAGUUUGUGCCGGCUGAUGACAUGUACUGUUCACGGUGCUUGCGUCCGAUUCCCAAGAGUAACACGAAUGGCGAACCUUCGAAACAAGUGCAGAUAGACGCACACUCGGAUCCGAAACGUAGCUGCCGAAUUCCAGCGAGACAAGGCAAAGUACAAUUUGACCGUGAAGACAAGGCCAUAUUGCCGAGCAAAGUCGGUUGGAUCACGCAAAAAGAAAUCGUUAAAGCGGGCGGUGUGACCAAACUCAGAAAAGCCUUUGUCAAAAACCACCCGGAUUUGAAGAUGACCAUAUACCCUACCGAUAACAGAUUUACGGAUAUGAGGAACUUGUGGACGCGGGAUCCGAAUCAUCCCAAGAACAAAGAGAACUGGGGAUUGCGUUUUCGGCCCCGAAAUGAUGAUGAAACUGAUGAGAGCGAGGACGACGGCUUGCGGAAUUACCACCCAGAAAAUGAUGAACCCGGGGACGACGAUGAGGACGAGGAAGAGGACGAAGGGGCUGAGAAGAUAGCCGAUGCAGAUGGCGAAGACAACGACGAUGAUGUGGAGGAGGACGACGAUGACGACGGCGGUCCCGGGAACCGGGCUAAGCAGAAGCGGAAGCCGUAUCGUGGAUUUUCCACCCACGAUCCGACAUACCGAGACCGUGGGGAAGAGGAUGAUCUGAGCCAGACUAGCGACAGGGAACUGGUACCGGAGAGCGGAGAUGAUGGAGCUGGUACCUUUGGUGGAUCAUCCGGUGCGAAGCGGAAGCGCGGGACUGGGGAGUCAUCAGGACAGGGUAACAAGGGGGGCAAGGAUAAGACACAGGAGAGGCAUCCUAAGAAGGCCAAGGUGGGCGCGAGUUCUCAGGGCGAUGACAGGGUGAGCCGCGCUCUCGACGUCGUCCACCACCAAACGAAGCCCAUCCCGCCCAAUCUAGCCAUUCACCUCGAUCCAAAUCCAAUGCAAGCGCCGCGGCGUCCAUUUAGCGAGCUCUUACAGCUCUCGACCAGGCGGCCCGUCCCUCCUCGUCCGACUCUUGGAGCAUGGCGGCCGAGCUACAUCCCUGAUCUUCCUCCUCCUCCUCCAGGAUGUCGUCCUCUACACGCCUCUGCCCGCUCGAGACACCCCCGACCGACACCCGCCUCCUCGACGCCUUUGGCCGGUGGACAGGAAUAUAUCCAGAAACACCAGACUACUGGUACCCGGCAGGGAGAGCGCGGGGAUGAACGUGAGCCCCAGCACCCACGCCGUCGUAAAGGUCCGGCCACCGUCAGUACAUUGCUUGCUAGCGGCGGGCUCUUGUCUCUCUUUGUCGGCCUCUCGGAGCCCUUCCAUGUGCCCACUCAGGACGAAGUAGAUGUCUCCGACCCGGACCCGUCCACCGACGACCGCGACCCGUCUAUCCCUCGCUUCAGGCUCUCCGAAAUCCGAAAACAUGAUGCCAAAUCCGGCAGCCCUUGGGUUACCCAAGGCGACAAGGUCUACGACAUUACCGACUGGGUUGCUGCACACCCCGGAGGUGAUGUCAUCCUCCGUGCCGCUGGAGGUAGCAUUGAUCCCUACUGGAACAUCUUCACCAUCCACAAGUCGCCCCACGUUUAUGAGAUCCUCCAACAGUACUUGAUUGGCUUUAUCGACUCGGACGACCUUGUUGACGGCAAGCCCGCUGCUCAGGAAAUAGAAGACCCCUUCAAGCACGAUCCUACCCGUGAUGAGAGACUCAUCACUCUCACUCCCAAGCCUCGUAAUGCAGAGACCCCCGUCGAAGGCCUGGCAGACAGCUACCUCACUCCCAAUGAACUCUUUUACGUGCGCAACCACAUGUGGGUUCCACAGGUUGAUGAUACUUCGGACUACACCCUCAAGAUUGAGCUCCUCGAUGGCACCAUCAAGGAGUACAGCCUCGAUGACCUAAAGACCAAGUUCAAACCUACUACUGUUGUGGCUGUUUUGCAGUGUUCUGGGAAUCGCCGAAGCGACAUGACCCGUAACGCGAAGAAGACCAAUGGACUCCAGUGGAAUGUCGGCGCUAUCUCUUGUGCGGAAUGGCAGGGCGUGAAGCUCACCGACGUACUUGCUGAUGCCGGCAUUCCUAUACUCGAGGCCAUGACUGGAGACACGGAGGCCAAGCACGUUCAAUUCAUGGCCCUUGAAGCCUACGGCGCCUCGAUUCCCAUUGAGUCUGCUUUGGACCCGCGUGGCGAUGUUCUGUUGGCUUACUCGAUGAAUGGCAAGCCGCUGCCGCGAGACCACGGGUACCCUCUCCGUGCUCUUGUGCCAGGCCACGUCGCCGCUCGUUCCGUCAAGUGGUUGAGCCAGAUCACCAUUUCUGAUGAAGAAAGUCAUAGCCAAUGGCAACGCAAGGAUUACAAGUGCUUUGGCCCCAACGAGACGAGUCCCGACUGGGACCGCGCCGCACCGAUUCAGGAGAUGCCCAUCACAAGCGCCAUUACCACCGUCAGAUUAGGUGACUGGAAAGCAACAACAAACGAGUCAUCGGCAAACGAGGAUAUCGGCAGCGUCCGCGAAGCGUCUCUCAUGGGCUAUGCGUAUUCUGGUGGCGGUCGCCGGAUCGUUCGUGUCGAUGUGAGCGUCGACAAUGGCAAGACCUGGGAUCAAGCUGAGUUACUUGACGAGCCUGGAGCCCCUCCAAAAACCGGGCACAAGUCCUGGGCUUGGAAACGCUGGAGGUACGACGGCGCAAUCCCACUUGGCGAGCCAGGUGAAGGGACCAAGAAGUGCACCACCCUGCUCGUCAAGGCCACGGACGAGGCGUACAACUCGCAACCCGAGAGCUACGCGGCAAUUUAUAAUCAGCGAGGAAACUUGGCCAACGCGUGGCACCGUCUGAAGGUUUGCUCUGAAUGUGCCAACAAGGCCGUGGUCGUGGCUAAGUAG